CAACUUCAUCUUGCACGAGAAGAGAUUCAGGAAAAUUUCCCCGACUUGGAGAAACGUUUCAACCCCCCACCUACAUCACACAACCAGGAUAAUCCAGUCGAAGCAGCCAGUGAGGUGGAUGACUGUUAUCCUGUGACCCGGCGGCCUUUAGGACACUGUCUGAUUAUUAACAACCACACAUUUGAAAAGACUAGCGGACUCAACAAUAGGAGAGGGACGGACGCAGAUAGAGAUGCACUUACUGAAGUUUUCCAGAGAAUGCAUUUCAUAGUGGACGAGAGAAGAGAUCUUUUAAGUUCACACAUUCAGAACACUGUGAUCGAGUUCGCAAUGAAGGACCACUCCAGAAUGGAUGUCUUCGUGUGCUGCAUUCUCUCACAUGGUGAGAAGGGUGCCGUGUUAGGGACUGACGGCGAAUCUGUCGCGAUCCGUGAUCUCACUCAGCUGAUUUCCGGAAGCUUGACACUCAGGGGCAAGCCCAAAGUCUUCUUCAUCCAGGCGUGUCAAGGCACUGAGCUGCAGAAGGGUGUGUGGUUGCAAGAUGGAUUUGAAGAUGAUGGGAAUGAGGACAAUGCUAAAAAAGCCAAUCUCACCCGUGUCCCUCUUGGAGCAGACUUCCUGAUUGGGAUGGCAACUGUGGAGUCCUACAAGUCUUUCCGUCACACAAUAAAAGGAUGCAUUUACAUCCAGGAGUUGUGCAAACACCUGAAGGAUUGCUGCCCCAAAAAAGAAGACAUCCUGUCAAUUCUGACGAAGGUGAACCGCAGCGUGAGCGCCCAAGAGUUAAAUAAUCACAAGCAGGUGCCGGAGCCUCGCUACACUCUUACCAAGAAACUGGUGCUACCCAUGGACUGAGCUAGAAAGACUUUUGCGAUCAGUCUUUGUCUUCCGUUACACCUGAUUAGUCUUUAAUUUUCCAUCAAUCCUGAUCAUCAUGUAGGUUUUCUGGUGUUGGGUGUUAACAUUUUCUCUA